UUGGAUUUCACCAACAGGAAGCUGCUGUCUGAUGUCACACAGAAGUCAUCAGUCAGCCAGCUGCUGACAAACCUCAUCCAGGGGAAUCUGCUUCCCUCAGCUCUCGUCUGGAUAACUUCCCGACCCGCAGCAGCCAAUCAGAUCCCUCCUACAUGUGUUGACAGGCUAACAGAAGUACGAGGCUUCACUGACGCCCAGAAGGAGGAGUACUUCAGGAGGAGAUUCAGUGAUGAAGAGCUGUCCAGCAGAAUCAUCUCCCACAUGAAGACAUCCAGGAGCCUCCACAUCAUGUGUAGUAUCCCAGUCUUCUGCUGGAUCACUGCUACAGUUCUGGAGCACAUGUUGACUACAGAGCAGAGAGGAGAGCUGCCCAAGACCCUGACUGACAUGUACUCACACUUCCUGCUGGUUCAGACAAAAAGGAAGAAGAACAAGUACCUUGAGGGACAUGAGACGAGUCCACAGGAGCUGACGGAGGCUGACAGGGAAGUUCUUCUGAAGCUGGGGAGGCUGGCAUUUGAACAUCUGGAGAAAGGAAACAUCAUGUUCUACCAAGAAGACCUGGAGCAGUGUGGUCUGGAUGUCAUUGAGGCUUCAGUGUACUCAGGAGUUUGUACAGAGAUCUUCAAAAGAGAGUGUGUGAUCUUCCAGAAACCAGUCUAUUGCUUUGUUCAUCUGAGCAUUCAAGAGUUUCUGGCUGCAGUCUACAUGUUCCACUGUUUCACCAACAGGAAGACUGAGGUGCUGGAGGACUUCCCGGGGAAAGAAUAUAAAGAGUCAUCUUUGGAUGUCUUUCUGAGUGGAGUCAUGAAGAAAUCACUCCAAAGUGAAAAUGGCCACCUGGACCUGUUUGUUCGCUUCCUUCAUGGCCUCUCUCUGGAGUCCAACCAGAGACUCUUAGGAGGUCUGCUGGGUCAGACAGAGAUCAGUCCAGAAACCAUCCAGAAAGUCAUCAACAAUUUGAAGGAGAUGAACAGUGAUAAAAUCUGUCCUGACAGAAGCAUCAACAUCUUCCACUGUCUGAUGGAGAUGAACGACCUCUCAUUAUUUCAGGAGAUACAAGAGUUCAUGAAGUCAGAGAACAGAUCAGAGAAGGAACUCUCUGAGAUCCAGUGCUCAGCUCUGGCCUUCAUGCUGCAGAUGUCAGAGGAGGUUCUGGAUGAGUUUGACCUGCAAAAGUACAACACAUCAGAGAGGGGACGACUGAGACUGAUUCCAGCUGUGAGGAACUGCAGAAAGGCUCGACUGGCUGAGUGUGGACUCUCAAAGACUCACUUUGAAGUUGUGGCCUCAGCUCUGAAGUCCAAGCCCUCCCAUCUGACAGAGCUGGACAUGAGUAACAACAACCUGCAGGAUUCAGGAGUGAAGCUUCUGUGUGCUGGACUGGAGAGUCCAAACUGUCGACUGAAGACUCUGAGAUUGAACUGCUGUGGUUUGUUAAAGAUCAGCUCUGAUUUUCUGGCAGCAGCGCUGAAGUCCAACCCAUCCCAUCUGAGAGAGCUGGACCUGAAUAAAAACAAGUUGCAGGAUUCAGGAGUGAAGCAUCUGUGUGGUUUUCUGGCGAGUCCAGGAUGUGGACUUGAAAUCCUGAGACUGAGUCUCUGUGACCUGUCAGAGAGAAGCUGUGAAGCUCUAUCCUCAGGUCUCAGCUCUCGGUCCUCUAAUCUGAGACAGCUGGACCUGAGUAACAAUAACCUGAAGGAUUCAGGCGUGAAGAAUCUGUCUGAAGGACUGAAGAGUCCACACUGUACGCUGGAAACUCUCAGCUCUCACAAUACUCCACCUUCAUCAGCUUCAUGUAGGAACCUGGAUGAACAGUUAUUCUUUGUCCCACACGCCAUCAAACUGUUUAACUCCUCUCUGGAGGGAAGAGGGAGGGGAAACAGGAGGACAAAGGAGGAGGGUACAACUAAGCUAUAGUGCUUUUUCACUGUGCAAUAAUUUUUGUUAAUAUCCAGUGGUGCAAUAGACUCAGAAUACGUGAAAUGUGCAAUUCCCUUGUAUUCUUAUUGCUAUUUAUUCUAUUUAUCCCUUUUGUAUACUCUGUAUUUAUAUAUGUCUCUGUGUUUAUAUAUGUGUAUAUAUGGUAUAUUUCUGCUCACAUUCUGUAACUUCUGUCGGUGCUUUGCUAUUGGAAACCAAAUUUCCUGGAGUAACCCACCCGAGGGAUUAAUAAAGUUUUAUCUAAUCUAAUCUAAUCUAUUCUAAUUUCCAUAGGUUAUGGUGGGACAUUGAGAGCUGAAGUCAAACAGAAGUGAGACUUUAGUCUUGUGAUGUGCAGCUUUGUUCAGAGCAUUAAAGCCCAGCAAAGAUUACUGAGGUCAUGGAGUCACUGUUGAAACCUGUGUGCUUAUAGUAACUGAAACAAGAUGAACCAGAAUAGAAGGACAUUAUAAUGAAGUGUCAGCUACACAAAGGUGGUAUUCAGUUGGUGGUGUGAGUUAUUUAAAUGGAGGAUGGAGUCAGACUUUAAGCUGAUGGACUAAUUCACUAUAUCCUGUUGUCCUCAUAGAAGCUGGAUACACAGACUCACCUGUGACAGAGUGACACACAGUGAGGGCUACACACACAUUAGAAAGUGGAUCAGUCACACUUGUGCAAUCAUUUGUAGUGCUGGGCAACCAUUUCAAAUGGUUACCCAGCCACUUCCAGACGUCUCCAGAGAGACCAGCAGCUGGUGCUGUUAUGCUGCUAUAGGAUCAGACUGCUGGUGGACUUCCCAUGAUGCUCUGCUUUCUUCUCCACCCCCCUCUUUUCGCUCCUGAUGCUUUUAUAUGUCACUACUGCAUGUCCUUAACUUUUGUCUUCUCUCUCCUUAGUUUGUGUUUUAUUCUUGUCUCUCUGAGCUCAUCUCUUCUCUUUCCCCUCACCCUGCAACCAAUCAUGGUAGAUGCUCCUCCUGGAGCCUGUUUCCACUGGGAGGAUCUUUGUGUCAAAGGGAGUUCUUCCUUCCCACCAUCACCAAGUGCUGCUCACAGUGGAUUGUCUGAUGGGUGGGGGUUUCUCUCUUAUAUUGGAGGCUGUUGCCUUACACUGUUAAACAGCUUGAGAUGACUGUUGUUGUCUGUUGGGAAUUGUCACUUAGAAAUAAAGUUAAAUUGAAUGGAAGUAAAUGGAUAGAUGUUAUUGUGACAAAGAGAAAAUGAUUGUUGACAGAUGGAUUGCUGUUUUGUGUGU